UUAAUUUGAACGGAGGGAGGGCUCAGAUUCCCAACAAGGACGAUGCCAUCCGCCGGCACGAGGCCGCCUCAGUCCUGUGUACCGUGGAUGACAGGGUCACGCGGGUAGCGUGGUUGAACCGCAGCACCAUCCUGUAUGCCGGCAACGACAAGUGGUCUAUAGACAACCGUGUGGUCAUCCUCUCCAACACCAAGACCCAGUACAGCAUCAAGAUACACAACGUGGAUGUCUACGACGAGGGCCCCUACACCUGCUCCGUGCAGACAGACAAUCACCCCAAGACUUCGCGCGUCCAUCUCAUCGUGCAAGUUCCUCCCCAGAUCGUCAACAUCUCGUCAGACAUCACCGUGAACGAGGGCAGCAGCGUGACCCUCAUGUGCCUGGCCUUUGGGAGACCGGAGCCCACCGUCACGUGGCGGCACCUCUCCGGGAAAGGGCAGGGCUUUGUGAGCGAGGACGAGUACCUGGAGAUCACAGGCAUCACGCGGGACCAGUCCGGGGAGUACGAGUGCAGUGCUGUCAACGACGUGGCCGUCCCAGACGUGCGGAGAGUCCGAGUCACCGUCAACUACCCGCCGUACAUCUCCAACGCCAAGAACACGGGUGCCUCGGUGGGCCAGAAGGGCAUUCUGCAGUGUGAGGCCUCAGCCGUCCCUGUGGCAGAGUUCCAGUGGUUCAAGGAGGACACCAGGUUAGCGAACGGGCUGGAGGGGGUGCGGAUCGAGAGCAAGGGCCGCCUGUCCACGCUGACCUUCUUCAACGUCUCGGAGAAGGACUACGGCAACUACACGUGUGUGGCCACAAACAAGCUGGGCAACACCAACGCCAGCAUCAUCCUGUACG